UUUUUUCCGGGUGAAGUCCAUUUUGAUCAAAUCAAAAUAAUUAUUUUGCGUAAUACGUUUAUUGCAUUAAUACAGUGUGAGGACAUUUUCUCUCAAUUCUUCAUUAUGAAUACUAUUAGUGCUGAACUGUUACAAUUGGUUAGACUUUCGCGCCUAUAUUUGGAUCACUUCUUGUCUGUUAACAAGAGUUGUUAAUAAGUAUGUCGUCGAUCCUGGAACAGUUAUUAAUAUUAGAUAUAAGGAAGCAAUUGUUUUGAUGGAAAAUAGAGAUGGAUUCGUUAUCAUCGACUGUAUUGGAGAAAAUCCGGCACAUUUCUGAGUCAGUGUUCGGUGGCAUGUGUUUAAUAGUAGGGACCUCACAACAAGUGGCAAUUAGAAGAGGAGUUGUAGACAUUGUGGAUGAGGUUGAAAGACGAUUAGGACUAGAAGCAAAUAAUCAUUAUAAUGUGAUGUUGAGUGGAAGUACAAGAGAAGGUUUCAGACUGGGGACCUCUGAUAUAGAUAACAUGUAUUGGUUACAUAGCCACCGAGUGAUCAUGGACAUGUCUCAGUCUGAGUAUUACAACACAGCCAAUACAACCAUUAUUCUUUCUGACAGUUCUAAGAGUCCACCAGGAUUCACUUUACUCCGUUUGAUGACACCAACAACAGACAGACACGUCGAUUUCGCAUGUGUCGGAAUGAAUCAGAAUCGAUAUAUUUCCAGUGAAUUGUACAAAGAGAUUCACUAUUCAUCUUUAUAUCCUGAUUCCACUCUGCAUGGUCCCUGUAGUAAAUGCGUCAUUGAUGGAAAGGAAUAUGACUUUGUAUUCUGUUUUGUUUCUGACUUUUGGCCAACUUGUGCCCGUUCAUGGAAAGAAAGAAGUCACUCAUGGCCUGAUCCAGAAGUUGUAGAUGACAUUGUCAGAAAUGGAUGUCAUGUUGUAGCAAUAGGGAGUCCAUUUGGAAACCAUAAAAAUGAAGAAUGGAGGGUAUCAUUCUCUCGAGCAGAAUACAAGCUUGUUUCCGCAAUGAACCAUUGUCAGUUUUUAACGUACGGAUUAUUAAAACUGUUUCUAAAAGAAGUAAUAACUCAACCAUUAGAAGACACAGAUAAACUUUUGUGUUCGUACCACAUAAAGACAAUAGUUUUUUGGACGAUUCAACAAAACACACUGCCUCAUUGGUAUCCACAAAAUCUUCUGGACAGAUUCUGGAUUUGCUUUAAGCUCCUCCUUAAAUGGGUUUACGAGGGUAAUUGUCCCAAUUUUUUUGUUCCGGAACACAACCUAUUUCUUUCAAAAAUUCAUGGUGCAGCACAAUACAGUUUGAUACGACAGUUAGAAGAAUUGUACAAGAAAGGUUUGGCCUGUCUGUUACAGAGCCCGUCUGUAAAAUCUUACAUCCUUCGUGUACUUCACAGUCCAAGGCUUUGGAUUUGUGUUGAUGAAAGUAUACUCGUGUCUGAAGUUUAUCACGACGUAACACUUUCUCAUGAGAUAAACUGGCAUGGUCGCAUAAAAAGACCUGACCAACAGCAAUGUAUCAAUGCCGUAAUAAUAGCUAAGCAGUUGAUUAAUUCGUCGUUGCCUGUGUGGCAGGUUUCCGCGUUAGAAAAACUAAAAACCUCCGCCCUACAGUGUACCGCUUUUCAAAUAGAUCUACCAUACAUGAAUACUCCUAACAGUGCCAACAAACAAAUAUACAUUGCAGACAAAAUGCUACAAGCUGCAGCUGAAUCUGGUUGUAUUUCUGAUUUGUUGUUUACUGCUAUGUUUUAUUACAAAACAUUAAGAUACAGAAAAGCUGUUAAUGUUCUUGAGAUGACAAAGAUCAAGUUGAUGCAACCAUAUUUAAUGUAUAAUAGACAGGUUGACUCAGACGUGUAUAUUGGUUUUUUAGGAGGAGAGGCCUGGUCUACAAAGAGGCAAAUGGCCAUAGCAGGUGAUAUCGUACUUUACAAUUCUAUCAGUUAUAUUAGUGAACUAAUGUCAGUGCAGCAGUCUGCUCUACAGAACAAUUGGCCUGCGAUACAAAUUCCAUUGUUUGUAAUGUUACACUUUCUAGAGUUCUUGUGUUACAGACACACUGAUAUAACACUAGCUCAUGCAGCUCUAGAUGAGAUGAAGGUCCUUGUCCACUAUGAUCAGGGACUCCGUGUAGCUGAACAACUCAAAGCCAUUUCCAGGCAGAUCCUAAGGAUCUGUGAACAGAUUAUAGAAAACCUUUGAGCUGUUUUAGUAUUCUAACAUUGGCACACGUAACACAUUUUAUAGAAAACAAGAGUUCGAUCACUAGAUAUUGCUAGUCUAUCAGCCAAGCUAACGACGAAACGUGACCUCCGUAGAAUAUUGCCCGAGAGUCAUAAAUCUUCCUAGAAAAAUGACCCAGUUUGUUGUUGAAUAUUGGAUGGAUCCGUAUUAUCGAUGCAAAAUGGUUACUGUUUAGCAGUGUGGGCGGUACAAAACAAAUGAAGCACAAUAUUAAGUUAGUAUCAUUUCGUGAUUAAAAUGACUGUAUUUCGGGUAUCUAUUUUCUUACUAGGCGGUUUUAGGAAGGAAAAUCAAUUAUCAGGGUGAUAACUUACAUAUUCUGAUUAUUAUUAUCGCUCUCUAUUAAAAAUGGUUUGCUAAUGUAAUUACAGAUAUUAAUAUAAACAGAUUUCACUACCCUGCACACAUGAUUCAUUAUAGUUUACUGAUCAAUUAAGGGUCCUGAAAGCAUUAUUAAAAACGUUAGCUUAAAAUAGAAUUUUUUUAUUGUAAACAAUGAUUGAUUAUUACAAUUUAAGCUAAUCAAAAAACUUACUUUCUCAAUGCAUUUAACAAAAAAUAAUAUGCAAACAAGUACUGAAAUUUUAUAUUGAUACAAUAGUUUGUAUUGGAUUCAGCCUUUUAUUUUCAAGACCUUAUCUAGAGUUACAACGUCUAGGUUUUGAUACCCACGUCACUCAAAUGAUCUGCUGCUGUAUGAAAUUGUGUUCGUGGACGUUUCGGUCAUAGAAUUUUAACAUUUUCAGCUUGAUAUGAACUACGUGACUGUAAAUUAAGCCUUUUCUGUGUAGCAUCCGCAAGGGAAAUAACUAAUCACAGGAAUUAGAGAAUCUGGAUGAGGCUUUAUUUGUUAUUUAGUAAUUAGUAUUAAUGAUCGCAUGAAAAUAUGGUUUUAUGGAUGAUUUUAUUUUUGUUUAUAUGUUUUAU